GCUCAGGGGGCGGGCCCUAGGCCGGUGGUGAGCGCGCAGCUGUGGCGUCGUUUCGGGUGCGACCUCCGGCCGGUCGGGCUUUCGUCCGGCCCUCCCCGGUGUCACUGUCAUGGCGGCCUCUCUACUGCUGCGGCAAGGACGGUCCGGGGCGCUGAAGGCUAUGCUUCUAGAAGCACGAGUGUUUCGAGGACUUGCUUCCACGGUUUCUCUCUCUGCAGAAUCAGGGAAGAGUGAAAAGGGACUGCCACCGAAUUCCAAGAGGCAAAGUCCACCAAAAAAUGUAGUGGAACCAAAGGAGAGGGGCAAGCUACUAGCCACCCCAACAGCAGCUGAAUUGUCUAAAAACUUGUCUUCACCCAGUUCUUGCCCAUCAGUUGUGAAUCAGGGCAGGAUGGUAGCUAGCCCUCGCCCCAGUCCCGAUGAUAGCAUGCUAUUCACAGAUGAAGGGGUUCCAGAGUUUUUGUCAAGAAAGACUUUGGUAGAGUUUCCUCAAAAAGUUCUGCCUCCAUUCAGAAAACAGGGUUCGAAUUCAAAAGCUCUUCAGGAGAGCAGGGGAGGGACAGAUGAUUCAUCGUCCUCUUCAUCUGCCUCCUCCGACUCAUCGUCCUCUUCGUCUGACUCCUCCGACUCAGAGUCUGACGAGGAGGGCAGCAGCUCCAAGGUUGAUACUCAGAUGACGAGCAGGGGCAACGGAGGACUUCCAAAACCGCAGGCCUCCCAGUCCCUUGAAAACAGAGCCCCCAAAAUUGCAGCAUCAGCCAAAGAGAAGACCCGGUCCCAGCAGGGACAGCCAGACCUCAGCCCUCCAGAGAGGCCCCGUCAGGCAAAGAAGAAAGGGCCCACUGGGAAGCUGUUAGAGCACAAAAAAGACGCUAAACCAAAAACCACAACGCCCGAGUUACAAGCAGAGAAAGCGUUUAUGAAGCAAAACAUAAAGGAAAAACAAAUGGAGAAAAUAUUUAGAUCAAGUGAAAAAGAUAGAGAAAGUCAAAAGCCACUUGAAGUUAAAAAAGUCUUACCUGACCAUACAAAGUCAGGAUUGUCUACACAGCCAGCUGGCAGCCCUGCGCCCGUGCAGCUGUCAGAAGGAACCAGAACAGCAGGAGGCCUGCAGGCACCUGGCGAGACUGGAGAAAGGCGUUUGGAAAACCAAGUAUUGGAACGUGAUGGGGAGGUGGCGUUUCCCCCCGUCGACAAGGAAAGUUCGGGAAAGCAGGUAACUGGAGGGAUCCUGAAGGCUGAAGAGGAGAGUUUGGAAGACCAGGUACCAGUACAACAUCUGAAACCAGUUCCUGUUCCUACGGAAGGCAUUUUCGAGGAAAAGACCGCAGGCCUGGAGCUUGAGGGAAAGGACGAGAUGGCUGGAGAGCCGGCGCCUCGCCCGGAAGAGCAGGACGACACACAGGAGCCCGUGCAAGCUGCCGGCGUGGCCGAGCCGUUCGAUAACAGCACGUACAGAAACCUCCAGCACCAUGAGUACACCCCGUACACCUUCUUAGACCUCAACCUGGACCUGUCCAAGUUCAGGAUGCCUCAGCCGUCUUCAGGACGGGAGUCACCUCGCCACUGAGCACUCCCUUGAGAGAGUAAACCUUCUGGGGUCUGGCUGCAGAAAUAAAGUCCACUCCAGUCAUGAGG